AUGUCAGUCGGCGGGCCUUGUCUCUGGUUGCCCUCUUUAUCUUCCCCAGUGCCUUCGCCCCUGUCAGCAGUGUCAUCUCAUCUCUCCUCAGCCCGAAAUAGUGACCGGUUCUCGUUGGGGCCCCGGACUAUCUCGCCCCGGUUGUCGGUGCAGAAGAAGGAGGAGCCGAGCGUUCCCGUUGCUGCUCCUCGGUUUGCUGAGAUGCAAUCGACGGAAUACAAGGCGGAAGACGCUUUGCCUCACGCGGGAGCACAGCCGUCCGGUAUGGCUGCUUCGGGAUCGUUUGCGAGGAGUGAAACCUCAUCGCGGGAUACCAUCAACCGCAGGUUGGAAGCGGCGAAACAGGACAUGUUGCCACGCGUCAAGUUGCAGAUUCCUAGUUUAGACCAGCGGGUCUUCUCGACGAUUCAGCCCCUGGUCGGGCAGGGUGGUCACUCUGAAGAGACGGGUGUUUCAUCUUUUGCGGGUUCCCACGAUCCGAGAGACGAUCAUGGGCCCGAGUCGACAGUGAGCCCUGAUGACGACAAGGACAUGAUGGGAAGCGACGAUAACAAUAGAUCGCCCUCGAUGGAAAAAAAGAAGAUGAGACGAUUCCGCCUAACACAUAACCAAACCCGAUUCUUGAUGAGCGAGUUCACUCGCCAGGCACACCCUGACGCUGCUCAUCGAGAGCGUCUGUCCAAGGAAAUCCCAGGGUUGACACCUCGUCAGGUCCAAGUCUGGUUCCAAAACAGGCGAGCCAAGCUCAAGCGUCUGACUACAAAUGAUCGCGAGAGAAUGCUGAAGUCACGGGCCCUUCCCGACGACUUCGAUACGACCAAAGUCCUUCGGACACCGUUCGAAGGCAAGUCCACAGGCGUCACGCCCGUGGCAUCACCACAAGGCUACACAACCCCGAACCCAGACUAUGGAGCAUUGAGGACGCUGCGUACAGAACGAUUCCCCCGUUCAAAUGAAGACGAGUAUCUCGUCUCACCCCUCAGCUCGGCCACAUCAGGUCCCUACAUGUCAUCCGCAGGACAAGGACAGAUGUUCCGCCCGGCAGCGUCUGCAUCUGCAUCCGAUCUACAUCGAAACCUGCGCAGUGACUACUCCAUCACCAGGUCCAGCAGUUUAUCCGAUGCAUCGGCCCAUCCUUCGCCGUAUGCAGGGUACGGGAUGCCCAAUCGGUUUGCUGCCAACCAACCCGGCAUGCCCUACAUGGGUCGACCGAUGGAGUACGCCGUUCCCCGACACCCCGGCAUGGGAUAUGAGCAGCAUCAAUCAUUCGAGGGCUCCGUAUCACCAACGGACUCUCACAUCGGCUACGACAUGAACACACUAGGCUCCCAACAACCAAACUACAACCUGGGCAUGGCUUCGCAACUACCAGCCCAAGGCCGUCCCUUGGCUAUGCAGAACCUGCCCAUCUCUGCCGCGCCAGAUUAUCGCCAGUAUGCCUACGAUACCACCGCAGCCCCUAUGGGCACAAUCCCCUAUACACAAGCCAACGCUUCGAAUCUGAGCCUCCCGACCUCCUUCGGCACGGACUCCAAAUUCGGGAACCCGCCGUACAACUACGCCAACUAUAUCCAGCAGUAA